AUGGCCAACCUCAGCCUGCUACUAGCGCUUCUCAUUCUUUUCACCCCUUCUCUUUGUUGCCCUGAAUAUCAAAAACAAGCCCUUCUUGACUUUAAAUCCUCUCUCAUCAAAACUACUAGUUCUCCCUCAUUAGAAAGCCCAGUUGUUGAGUUAGAGUCAUGGAAUUCCACCUCAGAUUGUUGCAACUGGAACAGGGUCAUUUGUAGUACUCGUUUUCAUUCGAGGACUGUGAUUGCUCUACAUCUUGACUCCCUUGUUUUCAUGCAAUCUAUGGAGCCCAUAGUGGUGACUUCCACCAUCUUGACGCCACUCUUUCGCAUUAGAAGCUUGAUGCUGCUUGAAAUGGAAGGGAAUCAAAUACAAGGUGAAUUGCCAGGUGACGGCUUUGCCAAUUUAAGCAAAUUGGUUUAUCUUGAUUUGAAGAAUAAUCACUUCAAUGGCUCCAUUCCCUCUCAACUUUUCCAUUUGAGGUAUCUUCGAUAUCUUGAUCUAAGUGGUAGUUUGUUCCAUGGUAUUCUUAGUGGGGAAGUGGGCUCUCUUCAAAACUUGCGGGUUUUGAAGUUGGAAGAAAAUUUUUUUGGUGGAAAUAUCCCCAAGGAGAUAGGGAACAUGACAAAGUUGCAGCGAUUGUGUCUUCGCAGCAACAAGUUUUUUGGUGAAAUUCCAUCUUCAUUUUCGUAUUUGAAGGGGUUGGAAGAAUUAGACUUGAGGGAUAAUUCCUUGUCAAUGAACAUUCCUAUUUUUAUUGGCAAUCUAUCCAACAUAACUAUCUUGGCCUUGAGCAAUAACGGGUUGACAGGUGGAAUUCCAUCGUCUAUAAAGAAUUUGACGAAGUUGGAAACACUUCAGUUGGAAAACAACCUACUCAGUGGAGAAAUUCCACCUUGGUUGUUCACUAUCGAGGGCAUGAAGCGUCUUUUUCUAGGAGGGAAUCAUCUAACAUGGAAUAGCAAUGCAAAGAUAGAGCCAAAGUUUAUGCUAUCUGAAUUAUCUAUGAAGUCUUGCGGUCUGACAGGAGAAAUCCCAUAUUGGAUUUCUAAACAAAAGACUCUUGAAGUUUUGGACUUGAGUGAGAAUAAGCUAGAAGGAAUGUUCCCACAAUGGCUUGUUGAAAUGGAAGUUGGAAGCAUAUUUCUAUCAAAUAACAGUCUUACAGGUUCUCUCCCACCUCGUCUGUUCAACUCUCAAAGUUUAUUAGUUCUUUCCCUAUCUCAAAACAACUUUUCUGGAGAACUGCCAAACAACAUUGGUAAUGCAACUUCUCUCAUAGUCCUCAUGUUGGCUGAAAAUAAUUUUUCAGGUAAGGUUCCUCAAUCUAUCUCUAAUAUUCAUUACCUCCUAUUACUAGACUUGUCAAGCAAUAGAUUUUUUGGCAACUUACCAGAUUUUAGCUCCAAUGAAGUGCUCGGGUUCAUUGACUUUUCUUCUAAUGAAUUCUCUGGUGAAAUUCCAACAAAUUUUUCCCAAGAAAUUAAACUUCUUGCAUUGGGAAAAAAUAAGUUUACUGGCCGCUUGCCGAGAAACCUGACCAAAAUGAGCAAGCUUGAACACCUAGAUAUCCAUGACAACAAAAUCACAGGUGGAUUGCCAGAGUUUAUUAGCCAAAUCUCCACUCUUCAAGUCCUAAAUUUACGUAAUACCACCCUCCAAGGUUCCAUCCCUAAUGGUAUUUUCAAACUUAGUAGCCUCCAAAUUCUUGACCUCUCAAACAACCAUCUUGUUGGCAACAUCUCUCCAAAGUUUGGAGAUUUUGCUGGUAUGAUUGAAACAUCAAACGAAUUUUCAUCACUCCCUGAUAUUGUCGCCAUCUCAAUCGAGUUACAUUAUCUGAAAGUGAUUUGGAAGAAGUCAAAACAAAGUCUCUCAAGCCGUAACCUCCAUCUCUACUCUUUGUUAGACCUGUCAAUGAACAAACUUUUUGGUGAGAUCCCAGCAUCAUUAGGCAGAUUGAAGGAUCUAAAGCUUCUCAACAUCUCACAUAACAUCCUCUCUGGAAAGGUACCGAUAAGUCUUGGUGACCUAGAGAGUCUUGAGACUUUGGACUUGUCACAUAAUAAAUUAUCAGGCUUAAUUCCGCAAUCACUAGCAAAGUUGCAAGAAUUGUCUGUUUUGGAUGUGAGUAACAAUGAGCUCACAGGUAAGAUUCCAAUUGGUGGCCAAAUGGACACUAUGAAUGAUCCAAACUUUUUUGCUAACAAUAGUGGACUAUGCGGAAUGCAGAUUCAGGUUCCGUGUGCUAAAGAGCUAUCACCAACAGAAUCAUCAAAGGAUGAGAGUAAGGAGACAUUGUUCUUAUGGGAAGGAGUGGCAAUUGGAUACUCAUUUGGCUUCUUUACAGCUGUGGGAAUCUUAUAUCAUACUGGGUAUUUUGUUCCUAAACCACUUCCAAAUCAUCGCAGCCAAUGA